CUAAGAUCAGGAAAUAAACAUUCUUCGAGAGCUCCGACACGAAGUAGCUACUGAUAACUUGCAAACACCGCGGAGAUAGCAGUGUUUUUGUGGGGGUUUGUUGCUUGAUAAAAUCAUGGCUGCGGACUGGUUAGGCAGCCUGGUGUCCAUCAACUGUGGCCUGACUCUGGGAGUGUAUCAGGGCGAAGUCGCUUCCGUGGACCAGGCUAGUCAGACCAUCUCACUCAGACAGCCUUUCCAUAAUGGGGUCAAGUGUCCUGUCCCUGAGGUCACAUUCAGUGCAAUGGAUAUCAAAGAGCUGAAGGUCCUGGAUAUGGCCACUGGAAGCAGCUACAACAAUAACAACAGCAGCAGCAUCAGCAAGACCAGUUUGGGCCAGAGGGUUGUGACUGACAUCCCUCCCAGCUACUCAGGCCACAGUAGCAGUCAGAUCAGUAGGGGCAGCUGUGUGGUCAACAGCACCCAGGCCUCUACUUCUGCUCCAAUCACCAUCCUCACUCGCAAAGGCCCUCAGGGCGUGUCCGGCGGCAGGGGCUCCGCCCAGGUCACGCCCAAGAAGAACGGCGUGAAGAGCGGCCACGUCGGAGGCCAGAUGAGGCAGCGGGACGACGAGUGUUUCGGCGACGGCGUGGACGAGGGCCUGGACACCGACUUCGACUUUGAGGGGAACCUCGCCCUGUUCGACAAGGCGGCGGUCUUCUCGCAGAUCGACGGCUCGGAUCGCCACGGCAACCAGCGAGCGCGGCCCCGCAGCACGCCAAACGAGCAGACGCAGUCGCGUUACCGCCACGACGAGAACAUCUUGGAGGUCAAGCCGGUGGUGUACCGGCAGAUCAGCGUUCCUGUUCAUGGAGGGAAGGAGUACUGCACCGACUCAGGCCUGGUGGUUCCCAGCAUAUCUUACGAGCUCCACAAGCAACUCGUUGCCGUGGCGGAGCGUUAUGGGCUGUCUCUGGAACGGAGGCUGGAGAUGACGGGGGUGUGCGCCAGCCAGAUGGCUCUUACCCUGUUGGGGGGGCCCAACCGGCUGACCCCUAAGAACGUGCACCAGCGGCCCACGGUGGCCCUGCUGUGUGGGCCCCACGUCCAGGGGGCUCAGGGCAUCAGCUGCGGACGCCACCUGGCCAAUCACGACGCGGAGGUCAUCCUCUUCCUGCCCAACCUGGUGAAGAUGCAGGAGUCCAUCACCAGCGAGCUCGCCCUCUACGACAAGACUGGCGGCAAGCAGGUGGCCACCGUCAAAGACCUGCCGGUGAGCCCAGUGGACCUGGUCAUCAACUGUCUGGACUGUCAUGAGAAUCCCCUGCUGAGGGACCAACCCUGGUACCAGGCUGCUGCGAGCUGGGCCAACCAGAACCGGGCCCCAGUCCUCAGCCUGGACCCUCCAGUGGGCGGCCAGCCCCAGGUUGUGGAGGCCAAGUGGACCCUGGCCCUGGGCCUGCCUCUCCCUCUGGCCGAGGGCCAUGGUAGAGUCUACCUCUGUGACAUUGGCAUACCCAAACAUGUGUUCCAAGAGGUCGGCAUCACUUACCAUUCGCCCUUCGGAUGCAAGUUUGUUAUCCCUCUGCACUCAGCAUAGCAGGGCUUUGGAGCUUCUCAGGCAGACGUGUGUGCGUGUGUGUGUGUGCGUGCUUGUGUGUGCGUGCAGCUUUUUGAAUGACCGUCACUAACAUGCAACACAUAAGCACUAGAGGUUGAUGGAUGUGUCCCUACUGAUGUAAAAGCAGCUUGGGAUUGUUCCACUGUGGGGAGCAUGUCCAUGGCCCUCUGAAAGGGAAAUGGAGCAGUAGCCCCUGAAUGGAGCAUCUCUGGAAACGGCUUCAGAUGGUUUUGAUGGGGGUAUGUUUUCCUGGAACUCUCAGAGGGUGCGUGAGCUGUCACUGCUAAAGGGAAACCCUCUGAAGG